AACAAAUAACAUGAAUGAAUAUCAGUUAAAAAUUAAUAUAAUUUAGUAUUAUUUUAUUUUCAUGCGUGGCCACUGGGAAAUGUUAUUGUCAGAAAAUGGCUAAACAAGCCCGUUUGCAAGCCUCACGCGCUGUUGUUUUUCAUGCUCUCGGCUUGUUUAUUCUAGUACUCAGAUAAAAGCGAAAAAUAUUUAAUGCGAAAUUUUAUCCCUUAAUGGCGAGUUUUUUUUAAUAUAACCUGUCAGGUGCAUAAGUGUCACUAUUACAAUUUUUUUACGUCGCGUACGCUGUUUGCUGGCCAGUGAGCCGCUGGCUUCUCUGUUGUGCUGUCUAGGAGCAGAAACACCGCGAAAAUAUGAAAGUCCACAGUGCAGUUCAUUCAUUUACCGUCAAACUCCAACAUCGUAAUCUUAGACUACUUAAAAGCAAAAGUAGCUCUCAUUUUUUUGAUAACAUGGACAGCCAGACCCAGCGUGCACUAAAACACAUCCAUGAUGAGUUAUUCAGAAAAGCCUGAGGAUAUUACAAAGGAGGAAUGGAUGGAUAAACUGAAUAAUGUGCACAUUCAGAGGGCGGAUAUGAACAGGCUUAUCAUGAACUAUCUAGUAACAGAGGGAUUUAAAGAGGCUGCAGAGAAGUUCCGUAUGGAAUCCGGGAUUGAACCGAACGUGGAUCUGGACUCUCUUGACGAGAGGAUAAAGAUCAGGGAAAUGGUUCUGAAAGGUCAGAUCCAGGAAGCCAUUGCUCUAAUUAACAGCCUUCACCCCGAGCUCCUUGACACCAAUCGAUACCUCUACUUUCACCUUCAGCAGCAGCAUCUGAUUGAGCUCAUCCGUUUGCGGGAAACUGAGGCAGCGCUGGAGUUUGCGCAGUCACAGCUGGCCGAACAGGGAGAGGAGAGCAGAGAAUGUCUUACUGAGAUGGAGCGGACCCUAGCACUGCUCGCCUUCGACAACCCAGAAGAAUCGCCGUUUGGAGACCUGCUCAACAUGAUGCAGAGGCAGAAGGUGUGGAGCGAGGUGAACCAGGCUGUUCUAGACUAUGAGAACAGGGAAUCUACUCCAAAAUUAGCAAAGCUGCUGAAACUUUUACUGUGGGCUCAGAAUGAACUGGACCAGAAAAAAGUGAAAUACUCCAGAAUGACAGACCUUAGCAAGGGCACCAUUGAGGACCCCAAGUAGAGACUGUAAUACACAUGGACACGUUUGAAUUAUUUUUUUUUUUUGUCCUAUUUAUAAACGGUCAGUGACUGGAUGGCAAAUAUAAAUCUCUCUAUAUAUAUUGUUGUUGUUUUUUCUUGAUGCCUCUAUAAAAAGUAACUUAACAGCAUAUGAUUUUAUUUUAAACAAAGCUAUGCUGAUUCAAAACAGUAAAACUAAUUAUUUUCUGAAGAACAUGGAAUAUUCCUAUGGUAAUGUUGUUUGGUGAUAUAUAUAUAUAUAUAUGUAUUUUUUUUUUUUUUUUUUUUUUUUUUUUUUUUAUAAUUUUCAGUCUGUCAUAUCAUCUGUUUUUUGUUUUUUUUUUCCCCAUGCUCUUCCCUGGUUUCACAUACAAUACUGUGUCCUCAUGCUUGUUUUAGGCUGUGUUUUGAGGGAAAUAUAAGCUCUUGGUUGGAAAGAACAAGUCAUCAUAUUUAAUUUUGGUUUCACUGGAGACUGAUAUAAUUUAACUACUUUUAUCAUGGAUCCAAUAAUUUCAUUUAUUAUUUUAUUUAUGAGCAGCUACAGAUGGUGAUGUUGAGUAAGCAAAUGUUUUAGAAUUCCAUGAUAUAUGCUAUUUUAAUUACAAAACAACAAAUAUCGUCAUUACAAACUAUAUUCAUGA